CCCUCGUGAUUUUCUUGCAGCGCUAGACGCCUGUAAAUAGGCAGUAGUAAGCAAUAGGCUCUGUUUGUUGCAGGCUGUUUAGUACUUGGCGUGGUGGGAAGGGCCCCCCUUCAAAAAGAGCUGCAGGUCCCAUGGGUGAGCCAUGAGGGCUGGGAACUGAGCCUGCUCCGUCAUUUCCCCAGGGGAGGAUGCUUCUGCCUUUGCUUGCUCCGGCCUCUCCUAUUCCUAGCUCUGCUGAGUAUAGGGGUGUCCCCCCUGCACCCCAGGGUCUGGCGAGGGCAGGUGUCCUCGUGCCCGCGGCUUUGCAAAGACAAGGUUUAAGCUGGAACUGCUUGGGGUCUCUUGACUGAGCCAGGAGACAGCAAAGCCGGGGGCUCCGCGGGCGCCCUCCAAGCAAGGCUCGGUGCUCGGACCGCUUGCACGGAGGCGAAGCCCUGCCGGGGGGCUGCAGGAUGGGUGGCUUAAGCCGAGCUCCCGGAGGCCGUGCAAGCUGGGCUUUGCUGAGGGCUGCAAGACGGGCGGCUGUGUGGGGCUCUGCAAAGUCCACCCACGGCUGAGGCAGCUCCCAGCGCUGCCCUGACCACAGGCAGCCGUGAGGAAGCCGCAAGGCUCUGUGCACUCUUGGCCCCAGCGGCCGCGGCUGUUCGUUUGCUGUAGGGGCUUUUUUUUAUCUCGCCUUUGACAGAGCCCUUGACAUCCAGGGCUGCACGGGAAAGAGGGGGGCAAGCACAGAAACUCAAGAAAAAAAGAUAGUCCAGCUGGCAAAAUUCCUGCUGUUCCCCAGGGUGGAUGGGCAAGGAAGGAGCUGGGGCACAAAUGAGCAACGAGAUGAUACGAUCACAGGGUCUGCAACCAUCCCUGCCCUCGGCAGGGCAGAGGAUAUUGCAUGAGCAUCUGCAACAUGCGGCCAGAGCAGGGGGUGCGGACAGACACGCAACCAGCCUAGCGUGGUGAGAGAGAAGGGUACGCCCGAGGUGCGGAUGGCGAUGGAGAACCAGGCUGAGCUUGUUCCCGGAGAGCAGGAGGGGCCGUGCUGGGGGCUGUGGGUCUGGGGUGUGGGUGGGCUCCCAUGGUGGGAGCCACGAGCGUCCCCCGGGGCCACAGCCCCUCCUUGCUCACCCCUCUCCGCUUUAGGAUCCCCGAGGUGCCGGGAACAAGCCGUGCCUGCCAAUAGAGUGCUGGAGCUGCUGCCGGAGAAACCCCCCGAGGGAUGGGCAAGGGCCGAAUGGAGAGUGACACUGGGUACAGGACACCAGCUCCGGGUCCUGACGGCUGAGAAGAAUAAAGAUGCCUCACUUCCCAACAGUUCUUUUGCUGGGAGAGCUGCCUUCAAGCAGGACACCCUCUCCCUGCGGAUCAGUCCGGUUAGCACGGCAGACAGCGGGGUCUAUCGGCUGGAUGUUGAGAACGCAGCAAAUUCUGUUAUUGGCUCUGUUUGCUUCCGCGUGUCGGUGUGGGAGCCCGUCCGGCAGCCGCGCCUGGAGGCACGCGUCUCGCACCAGGAGCAGGGCUGGUGCAACGUCUCCCUGGUCUGCACCGUGCCCGGCGCUGGCAACGUCUCCUACAGCUGGUUUUGCCCUGGGGAACCCCUGGGAGCCCUGGAGCAGCAGCCCCGGCUGGACGUGCUCGUCCGUGGGGACGGCGACCCCAAAGUCUGCAGCUGCAACGUGAGCAACCCGGCGAGCUGGAGCACGGCCAGCACCGACCCUGUGGCAGCCUGCCGCCGUCCGGCCUCAGGGCUUCUCACAUUGGUGGUAGUGGCUGUGGCCCUGGUGCUGGCACUGGCCAUCUCCGGCGUUGUCACCUUCUGCUGGUGGAGGAAGCGAGGAAAGGACCCGCAGGGAGAACACGCCGAGCAGUCGCUGACCGUCUACGAGGAGGUGGGCAAAACCCACACCGCCCAACACCCUAAUGCGACCAGUGAGGCCACCGUGGGAGGCAACACCAUCUACGCCGUCAUCUGCCCCAAAACACAGGGAUCCAGCCACCGUCAGGAGCCCCAAAACUGCACCAUCUACACCACGGUUCAGCCCACCAGGAAGUCUCCUUCUCUCAAGAGGAAGAAGCUGGACCGAGCUUUGGUUUCCACUGCCUACGUAGAGACCUCUUCUCCUGGAGCACCCAGAGACCUCCGGCACCCACCAGGACCCCACCAAGCAAAGCUGGGGGCUCGCUCGGGGUGGAAAUGGUCAGCCAUGGGUUUUUGCAAGGACGCAAACCCCAGCUGAGCCUUGGAGGCUUUCCUGCGAGGGAAGUUGGAAAGGCUCGGUGAUGGAAACUCGUCUUCGGAGGAGAUGGAUGUGAAAUUGGACAAGCGGGGUCGUGGGGAUACAUGUGAUGUGUGUGUGUUUAGUGCCAUCGUGUGAUCUUGUGUGUUUUUUGAGGUCUUGACAGGUUUGAUAUAACUCGGGAAUUAAUUUUUAGGUGUAAAUAUAGGCUGAACUGCA